UCUUUAUCAAUACAGAACUUAAGUGUAGCUCAUAUUUAAACACCAUUCAAUAUGUGAGAAUACUGUUGAAAUUCGAGAGAACACACUUAUGAUAACAUUUUAAAAUAUCCGGUUGAGUUUUACCGCAUAUAUCGGUCAAUAUGUUUUUGUAAUAAAAGUGCAUCCUAGUACCUAAAAUGGAUAAAAUGGGGCAGCCCCCAUAUACUUAUUAACAAUUACAAAUUUCCGGUUGGCUUUACACCGUGUAUAUAACAUAUCGGUCAAUAUGUGAGAUAUCCUAGCUAAAUUAGAGCACCUAUGUUUUGGAUAUAUUUUAGUUUGAUGCCGAAUAUGUGUGAAAUCGCUUUACGAACUAUCCUCGGUCUCAUAAUAUCAUAACUUUCGUUAAUCUAGAAGACUUUAUUAUGAAGAUAUUGGUCCGCCUGUGGGUUAUAUUCAUAAAUUUGCUUGGAAAGAUGUUCACGGGAUAGUGAUUUCUGACUAUCCAUCUGACUUUAAACCGUUUAUGAGUGAUAUUUUAAUGAAAAAGUGGACGUUUUUAAACAGAAUGAAAAAAAAUUUAUUAGGAAUGAAAGAAAUACGAAAUGAUAUUACAAAGCUGGCGGCUAUUCGGAGUUUCAGUAAUAAUCAUUAUUUAUAUAUGCAGCGUAUUAUUAUUUUCAAUAAAUAGUUCGCCUCGCUCAAAUCAGAAAAAUGAACGCAUCGAAAGAUUUUCUGAGUUCGCAAAUUUUCACAACAGUCGUUUCCGUGGUUUCACAUCCAAGGCCAAUAUCCGCUGGUGUAACGGCCUUAAGUAUCUCAAGACAAACGUACCUAAUAACAUGAUUACAACCGUUUCUGCUCUAAGCACUAAUAAAGUUGCAACUACUGAAGAUACUAAAGAUGCCGCUGUAUAUCGAAUACCGGGUCUGACUGCCCUAGCAUCAUUUCCAGGAAGUGGUAACACCUGGCUUAGGUAUUUAUUGCAGCAAGCAACAGGGAUUUUAACGGGGAGUGUCUACAAAGAUUAUGGGUUGUUAAAGACUGGAUUUCCGGCAGAAAAUGUACGUAAUAACUCUGUAUUGUUAGUGAAAACACACGAAUUCGGCCCUAAAGCAUGGGACCCAUUUACUAAGGCCAUUUUACUGGUGCGUGACCCAGAGAAAGCGAUAUUGGCAGAAUUUAAUAGACAAAGUGGCGGUCAUAUUGGAUUUGCGUCUCCCGAUCGUUAUAAAAGAACUAAAGGAAAAUAUUGGCAGAAGUUCGUACUCAAGAAUUUGAAAAUGUGGGAAGCGACUAAUUUGAGCUGGGCACGAGACUUUUCAGGCAGCAUCAAGGUUGUUUUCUAUGAGGAUUUGGUUGGAAAUUUAGAAGCAACUUUGAGAGGAAUACUUAACUUUUUAGAGUUUCCUAUUAAUGAGGAACUCUUCAGCUGUACUUUAAUAAGAAGAGAAGGCGUUUUCCGGAGAAAGAAGCGGUUUUUGAAUUUUGAUCCAUUUACUAUAUCGAUGCGUUCCAUGAUAAAACAAAAAAAGCUAGAAGUGUAUAAAUACCUUGAAAAUCUCAAAUAACGCUGUCAAUAAAAGGUCUUAACUAUUUAUAACUACACGCAUGCAUAUAACCAACGAAUAUUAAUUAUUAUAUUAGUGAAUAUUUAUAAAAACAUAAGCUGACAUCCAAAGUGCGAAAUAAUAAUUUUAGUUUAGUUGAACAAAUGCAAACAUAAUCUACCUUCCUAGUUUGCGCAAAUUUAUUAAAGAGUUCUUAACUUACUAUUAAACAAGUAUUGGGUGCGUAUACGAUGGAUUACGUAUCUAAGGCUUAGUAAUUUGUACAUACAUACAUACAAGUAUGUAUAAUCUUCUUAGCUUCACGCGCUUUUAAACUUCCAAAUAUUUGUAAUACGUUCCGCAAACCGUAUAUGUAUAUAACGAAUAGCAAAUAUAAACUAGUUUUGUAUUAAUUAUAUAAAUAAUAACAUAUAAAUCGUGUCCAAUAAACUAUUGUAAUAUUGCUUUUAAUGUAUAUGUAACCACGUUUAUAACUAAUUUUACACAUUUUAUUAGUUCAAAGUAUGUUCUAUGUAUAAUUACCUGGAUAAUAAUCGUAUAUGUACUUACACGGAUUACACUAUAAAGUGCGACAAUAAAUAAUCCAAUACCGAACGCCAAAAA